AUGGCAUCGUCCAAUAGCUCCUGCAGCACCGACGAAGGCACAAUAGCAGCCGAUGCCGAUCAAUGAAUUCAAAUAUUGCUCGAAAAUGUGUGCGGAUCGAGGAGGAUCCACGUGAUUGACCUCGAGAUCCGCAAUGGAAUACAGUGGAAGGCCAUGAUGCAAGCUCUCGCGUCGUGGCUGUGGGACCGCCCCGUGGAGAUGCUGAGGAUUAAGCCCGUGGCGCCCAAAAAAAUCAUAACGGUCUACCACGUUCUGGACCUUCGGGAGGAAAUUUUCAAUAGCGACUGUAAGGAGGCGCUAGUUGUCUACUCAGAGUUCUACCUCAGAAGUCUGGUCCCCUGUCUCGACCGGAUGGAAGGUCUGAUGAAAGUGAUACGAGGUCUCAAGCCACGGAUCGUGGUUGUGUUGGAAAUGGAGUCGAAUCACAAUUUGACCACGUUGUCGCCUCGAUUCGUCAAGGAUCUCUUCUCGUUCACCUCGGUCUUUGAUUUUCUGGAGCUGAGCGCAAUGGUACUGUAUCAUGCGAAGCUUGUGCUUAAGGAGUUUCCAUGUGGGAAGUACUGCAAAACUAGGGUGGAUGGGAAGAGCUUGAUUGUUGGCUGGAAAGAGACACCAAUGAUUUCCAUCUCUAGUUGGAAGUUCGUUCGGUAG